AUGCGGCUCGAGACAUGGAUGGCGGCCCAUCACCUGUCAGGCCGGCAGUGGCGCAUUGGCGGUGCUGCUUACAAGUUACAGGGGCCUUUGGGCGUGUGGCAGCGUGGCUUUACAGGGGCCGCAAUGAUCCACGAUUAUCCCGGAUUGAGACCCGACCCAAUUGAUGCUGGUUGCAACCCAAGACAGCUCAGCUCAGGCACAAACAACACAAGCACUUGGGCAACUGUUGCCCUCUACAGCUACAACUCCAUCAAUCCUAGAGCACACGAUACGCGAAUACGAAUUGGCCAUUCAGUUCCUACAUCUCCGUCACUCGCAGCUUCAGGGGUUGUUGCACCGCUUCUCGGCGUCAACAGCAGCAGUCAGUCUGCCCCUCUUGCGGGGGGAGAGAGCAUCGAGCCUCGUGAGCUCUUCCACAUCACCAUCCAGGGCAGCACACAAGGGUGGAAUAAGGCGUGGAGGCUUUGGGAAACAUUGCAGCUUCCAACUUCCCCUCACCACGCACGCAGCUCUUGUACGACCGACUCCCUCGAAAUCGGGCUUUCUGGAAACGCCACCUCGCUCAACCACAGGCUCAAAAUGGAUCUCGAGACCAGGGUGCAUGCCGAGGCCCUUUUGCUCAAGGCUGCCCGCACCUACGGCGUCCAGGUCCGCAGGGACGAGGUGCAACAGCAUCUCAGGCACGAUGACCACGGCGCCGCAUUGGCUGAGUGGGCGAGUUUGCAUCUCACGACGGACAACCUGCUGAGCCCUGAUGAGCUGGCAAUAUACUCGUUGCUGGACAGGAACGGCCAGGUCGACAUUCUGACCAACCUCCAUGACCUGUCCGAGGUGCAGAGCGUCACCGAGGACGACAUCAAGGUGGCCAUUGAGGAGCUCAGGAGAUCCACCGAGAGCAUCACCAAGCAGAGCGAGACCCUUCGCCACCAGCAGGAUGCGUUAUCGCGUCUUGUCAGGAAGCGUGCUGAGAAUGAUGCCCGAAGACGGGACCUUGACCUGGAUAGGCAAAGCAAAUCCGAGUCGGAACGGCAGCGGGUUGCCGCAGAGGUGGAGGCAGCCUCCCAGAGCCUUGCUUUCCGCAUCUCUGACCUCGAGGAGCAAGGCACCCAGGCCGGAUCCAACCUCAAGGGCACCCUGGGCGAGAUCUUCCGGGGAGAUGACAAGAUCCUAGCCAACCUGCAGAAGCUGGGCUGGGAGCUGGAGCAGCCCGACCCGGACGAGACGUCCAAGAUUGACAAGCUGCGUGAAAUCUGCUCGCGCCUGGUCAAGAUUACGGUUGAGACAGUCCGAGCCAAACUGGACACCACCUACAUGGAGACGCUUGUGGAGGCUGAGCGCUCGGGGCGUGUCAAACCUACGACGGACGAUGAGGUCAAGGCGCUCGAAGCCGAGGUCGAGUCGUUGCACUCGGAAAUACUUUCCGUUGCUCAGAUCUCUGUGGAGCAGCAGCACCUCGAGCCGGCGCUGCAGACGGUCUCUACGGAAGGCGGCCAAAGUGCGAUGCGCACGUCCAGUGCCUUGGCCUACAUUGACAAAUGUCUCGAUUAUCUAAUGGGCCGCCUGGAUCGAAUCCAAGGACGCAUUGAGACCCAUCUGUCGCACCAAGCCGCCGCCGCCGCGCUCAUCACCACCGCCAAGACGGAGAUGGCGGUUGAGAUCCUGCCGCCCGUGAAGCAGUCGUCGUCAGCCGCGCCCGUGUCCAUCUUCCCGACCUCCCCAAGCAAGUCCGGAACCCCUGCGCGGAAGCGCUCCAACACUGUUGGCUCUCAACACCGCCGCAGGUCGUCUGGCGUCGUCGACGAGCCCCCGCUCGAUACGCUCAUGUACACCCUGUCGAUUCCGUCGUCCGUUUCCGAGGAGGCCGAUGUCAGGGCGAAGAUGGUGGGCUUGUCCAGGAUUCUCGAUGAGAGAUGGAACAAGUAUGACGAGACUGCCCGGAAUACCCAGGAGACGUUUGAGAUGGGAGCGCUGGCACAGAUAAACGACACGAGACUGGCCAUUCAGCUGCUGCGGGAUAGCGUGUUGGCAGAGAGCCCGUUUAAUGACCCCAAGCUGGUCGAUCCAGAGAUUUCCGGUUCCAUCACUGUUUUGGCAGCAGAGGUGGAGGGUGCAAAAGACAGGCUGACAGCUGUCGAGGGCCAGCGAAGAGAUCGCAAGAGCGAGAAGAGAGACGAAUUUAUCGAGCGCUGGGGGUAA